AAAAUAAUUAGCAUCAGAACAAUCAAAAGUGAUGCUCACUAAAUUUUGAAGUUUGAACAAAUAACCCCAAGGUUAGAGAAACUAGAAACAUACCUAUUCAUAGCUGACUAUGGACUUUACCCUAACAGCAAAGAAUGUUGCAAUACAGUCUUAUAAUGUAACCAAAACAUUUAAUAGAAAUUUUUACGACGUAAAACAUAUGUAAUCGUUUUGGGGGACAUGAUCACAGCCGCGGUAUAUCCAAGUCCGCUGCAUAACGUCGAUGUUCCACUGUAUUUUUAAAUAACAAUGCUGGUUCACUUUUCGACCUUAUUCAACAAACUUAACUAAAAAUGAACAAUGUUCUCGUGAUAGAAAAGCAAAGUCCAAUUCUGUCUGUCGUCGUCUUUCAUAUCUUCCUGACCCUCUUUAAAACUUUUAUACCACUCAAAGGCACUCAACUUUUUCACAGCAUCAGCAUCUUAAACCUCUGUAAAGUUUCACUCGCGCUUUGCACAUAAAUUGAUUUGAAUGCGUUGCUCAAUGAAUCUUCACGCAUGUUUCCGCCGGGACGAAAACACACGCUUGUGUAACUCUGCCACUGCUUCAUUUGGUUUACCAGCGCAAAAGACGCAACUGUAGACACAUCAUAACACGUCACUACUUAGUUGUUGCUCACUCGCUACUCGAUGCGACGUAAUAUACCGGCAGUCAGGAAACCUAAUUGUCACACUUCGUACACCGCUUUCUGCAUUUCCCAACAAAAUCCUAUUGUGUUACAACCAACAGCAAUUUAAGAAGCCCUGACAUGAAUUAUCUGUGGUAAACAGUGACAGUGGCGGCAGAGAGUGGUAAGAUUUACAAACAUGGUAUUAACUGUGCGUAAAAGUAAGACAAUUGUGCAUCAGUGAAUAAGAGAAUUAGAGAGGCAAUGGAGAAAGUUAAAUCAAAACAGAACAAGAAGAAAGAGCCAUACCAAAUAGAAGAAGAAGCCAUUGCAGGAUCAGUUCCAGAUGCUCCACUCUUAGGAGACUUCCUUUGUGAUGAUACAAACGUGGUUUCCAGUUGUAUCUGUUCAGAAGAUUCCAAAAAUAUUGAAAGUGAAAUACUUGAUGCAGUUAAGGAUGAUGGGGAGUGUAUGCAGAAGGAAGAAGAAAGCCAACGUGAUAUCCAUUGUACUGACCCAAAUACUGUUCAGAAGCAACUGGAGAAUGUAUCAUUGGCAGAUAUUAAGAUUGAUUUGUCUACAUGUGUUGUUGAUAACCUAAAGGAAUUACAGGAAUCACACAGUUGCAGAAAAUCAGACACAGCGGUUGGAACUGAGUUGCAGGAAAUUUAUUCAUACACAUUAGCUGUGAUCGAAUCUAGGAAUAUAGAAGCUGACACUAAAUUAGAAUCUCCAAGACGUUCCAUGGCUGACUCACAGAACAGACAUGAUUCUCAUAAGAAACAAGAAAAUUCAUCAUUGCAGCCUUCUGCUCCUAUUGAAAUACCCACAGUGGAACUGAGUCAUAUUAACAUUCCCAAAAUUAUAGUGCCAUCAGCAACAUCAGUGGAAGAGAUCGGUGAAAUAAAUAUAACCACAUUACCAAAAGAAGAUGUUAUAGUUGUUAAACCAUCUACAUCUUGGUAUAGUAAUAAUAUAAUUUAUUCAGAAGCUGCGGUAGAUGAAAUAAGGCCUUUUACUGAAGCACAGUUGUCAUCUCUUUAUAGCAAUCAAGAACUGGAAUUGAAUGCUGAAUUUGUGUCAGAAUUUGUGGAGAACUAUCUGCGUGGUGGUCGACAGCAGCAUCAUCUAUAUGAACUCUUGGUGAGCUACUUUCGUGCCAGAAACAGACUCAUAGUCAAUUCAAUGGAUCUUGAAGCACUGAAGAAAGAAUGCAAAGAGCACCAGAAUAAUCUAUGGAUGGUUGAGACAAGUGUAGUGUCUGAAAAUGGAGAAUGUCAAGAUGGCAAUCCAGUUUCAGCAUCGCAUGAGUACAAAGUGUCCCGAUUCAGCAAAAUGGCCUUAUCUUCUUUGACUCGAUCAUUGUCAUCUAUCAAGGAACUUGUCAAUGAAAUGCAUUCACUAAACUCGUAUUCUUCCGAGGUUCUCAGGCUUCAGAUAGAGCAUUACAUACAGAGUGUUGCAUAUUCGUGUCCUGAAUUACUGCGACUGCCUCACAAUGCACCAGUGAAUCUUUACGUGGGUGAACCUGCACCUCAUAUUGCAUCAUGCAUCUCAGAGCUGCGGAUGUGCAUAGCAAUCCUCUUUACAUUCCAGAGACGUUUCGUGAAGGAUGCUCAGUUUGUGUCAGACACAAGAGAUUGGCUGUCUCGCUUGGUGGCUGUCCUGCUCCGUGUGGCAUCAUGGAGGGAUCACUUGUUCCUACUGAAUCAUGUGCUGAGAUGCCCUGCCGAUAUAGGAUCAUGGGCUGUUGGUUAUGUUCAGGCUCCUCCUCCAGCACCUCUGUCUUUUGUUGACAGUGGUCAGUAUAGUUCCUACCCUUCUCCAUUCUCAAAUUUUCACCUGGACCAUAUGGUGACAAUGUUGGCAACCAUCCUUUUGCCAGUUCGAGAGAGGGAACAUUUCCUGGAACAGGUUCAGACAUCAAUGAGGGAGUCAUAUUCUCAUGACUCAGAAAGUGAUGGACCAAGUGGACUAUGGGUUUUGGUUGAUUCAGAUGGAGAAGAAGAUGAUCUUACAGGUUGUCGAUACACAGGUUGGGCCACUCAUUUGCGUGAAAAUGAUCUUGUCACACUUCUAAACCAGAUCCCUAUGGAUUGCCUGUAUCGACACAUUCUACUGGUAGAGAGGCGUGAUGAUCGGGAUUUGUUUGAUAUUAGAAGAGUGAGUGACCAUCAUGUUCUGCGUCUGUUUGCUUUCUCAACGGUGUUUGUUCGCUUGCUGAGGCAAGGCCUCCGUACAUAUGAUACUCCAAGGUACAGGCAGUUUGCCAAGAGGCUGGGUCGACUUAUAAGGCACACUGUCCAAUAUGCCUCUGAUCUCUGGGAAGGCUUCAGGAUGUAUGGUCAGCUAAGUGAUCCAGCCAUGCUGAGACGUCUGCAGACAGAGUAUGAUGCUUUUUUCCUUCGUGCUACACGUUGCAUUUUCUCAUCACAACGUCUAGGGGCAUGGCAGUUUCUGGCUGUUAUUCCUUACAACACAGUCUCCAUAUCAAUGCUGUGGAGAUUAUUCUACAGUCUGCAUGAAGAAUAUCAGGAAGAGGAUUUACUUGCAACCUGGACUGAUACAAAGAUAGACUGGGAGAAGAAGCUGAUGUCUCCACAAAUGCGGCAGCAGUUUGAAGAGAAAUUGACAUCCAUGCCUGACGCAGAAUCCUUUUAUCUGUUGACAACAUUUGCCAAUAUGGCAAUGGCUAGGUCAGAUCCUGCAGACAAGAGUUUUGUGCGUGCUGCAACUCUUGAUCUUUUUCAGGUUGGAUUCAUGAGUACUGCUACACAAGACAGUUGUUCUAAAACAUCACGAGUAUUGCUGGCAAAUAUCACAUCCCGACAUCCUGCGUUGUUAUCUGAUAUCCUUUUCAAGCUACGGGACAACUUUACACAGACUGGAAAGCUGAGUCUGUACCUCUUCAAGGAGUUACCCUUGCAACUAUGGAAACCAAUUGAACAAGAUCUCUCCAUCAUUUCUCACUGGCUUCUUGAGUGCCCAAUAAGCUCCAUAGAAAACCAGUUGGCUCGCCAGAUCCUCACCAAUCUGAACUGGGGAUGUGAGGGUCGAGGCCCUCAUGGAGGUAUAUUGUCUCUUCCACUGGAAUUACACCAGUGUGUAGCUAUACUAGUGGUGGAGGCUGCACUGCGCUUUACACCAGACACAGUUAGCGCGGCUGGUGCAGGAAUGAUUACUGAAAGUGUGAAACAGGUAUCAAACUUAGCAACUUCUUUGGUGCGCCCUCAGUCUGCUGAACAAGCUUUCAGUUUGUGGGCUUGGGAAACAGUUACUCGACUACGGUUGCAUAUCUUGGAUCAACCAGACCAUGUAGUGUGGACAGCUAUGGCCAGUCCCGCUGAUGCAUUAUCUAAUGUUCCUGACAUGGAUUCAGACAUUAGACUGGAGGUGAUUGCUCGUGGGGUAAAAGAGAGGCAACCAAUAGCAUCCUAUAUAGCUGUAUUGGCUACCACAUGGGGUCAUAGUGUGCCUCUGAUUUGUACUAAGGGCUUCAAUCAACUUCAGAUACUCUUGUGCUAUUACAAGUAUGAUGCCAUACUGACUGUUCUGCAAUAUACUAUCCCAUUGUUCCUGAAUUGUGAGGAGUCGCUGAUCAAGUGUGAUAGAUUUGUCUCAGUGUUGAUCUCACUUAUAAUGGCUGAUCGGACUUACAUGAAGAUGGCAAAGAACCUCAUAGCACCAGAAUUUCCUGGGCCAAUACUAAAGCAGUUUGGAACUAUGAUUGAAUCGCAAAUGGAGAACUAUAGAAGAUAUAGUCUGGUGAGUCCAUGCCCAUUUGUUCGGCUUUGGUUACUGAGCCUGAAUCAGGUGCCUGACUGGACCAGAGAACCGGCUGUUUCAUACCUUAUGGAUAUUGUGUUGCGUAGAGCAUUCUUUUAUUCAGAUGCCAGGGAAAUGGCAUUCCAGAUCCUACAGCAGUUCCAUCAGCAAGCAUUGGAGUCAAUGACUGAAGAGAGUGUCACAGGAAACAAACAUGGAGGUACUAUUUCAUCUUUUAUUAGUUGGGUUGCAUCUGGUUCAGCACAUGCAGUGUCUUUACUUCCACGAGCUUCUAGUCUUGAGAGUCCUUGGUUUGCAUAUUUUGUGCUUGAAAUGGAACAAGAAUUGAUUGAAGAGAGAACAGGACUUUGGAGAGAAGUUCUGCGGGAACUGGCAGCUACAAGUGGGAAAGUGAAUGUUGAUCAAACACUCAAGAAGGCAGCUCACAAUUUGAAGAUCCCAGCUUUACCAUCAGCCAGCCUUGCUCUUUAUCGGUGGUCACAGCAAGCUUUGGAUACACCUCUUGAUCAUCCACUUCUUCCCCUUCUGUGGCAAAAAUUCUUCAGCCUCUUUCUAGCAAGAGUGCCAUCAGCAUCAGGUGUUCCAGACAGAGGUGGUGUGGGAGAUAAGUUCUUUGAAGGUAUGAUCAAUCUGAGUUUUCACAAGAAACUGAAAAAACGACUUCAGGAUGCUACAGAACAUUACCGAGCUAAGAGCAUUGGUGAUCAAACACAGGUAGAAGAAGGCGUGGAGGAUCAGCUGGUAGACAAACAGCAGGAGAUAAACACAGAGAAGAGGAGUUGGUAUGCUGAAUGUUCAAGGCUUUUUCGAACCUUUAGCCUUUGGUUGGAAGAGCCACGACUUCAUGAACCGAGCCUAUUUCUUCCUGCUUUGCCUCCUCAGUAUAACUCCAGCAAGUUAGCAGCAUUGUUGCAAGGAAAUACGACUCUGUGGUUAGAGUAUAUGGAUUAUCUUAAGGUCAGGGAAGACCAACAGGCAGCAUCUCUGGAAUGGGAAAUGACCCAUUUUAGAACUGACGAUCCCAGGAUGAAGAUUCCAUUGUUCACUAAUCCGGAAGAUACCAGCGAGCCUAAUGACAGAAUUUUGAAACGUCUGCAGUCAUAUGAUUCACCUGUACCUGCCCCACCCCUGUGGGCUGUGAAGCCAGUUAUGCCUCUUGUCACAAAUGACAUGUUAUACAAUAGGAGUGCAUUACUUGAUGGUAUUAAAACUUCCUUCAAAGCUCUUCUGGAAUAUGCCCAAAUCUACUCCUUGCGUGUGUCAGAACACACAGCUUUAGACUGCAACUUUCUGGAGCUGGUGCCCCUGUUAUAUCGAGAUGUUGAACUAGAGGUUGUACUGCAUGCAGCCUGUGAUAGUGAGCCUCAUACAAGGAGAGGAAACACAACCAACUGCGCUGGUCCUGCAGCUAUUCGACUCAAGGUGUGUGAAGCGCGAAUAAAUGUAGGCACUGACCAUCUCAUUGAGCAGAAUCGUGAAGAAUUUGAGGGUCUGCUGUGUCGUGCUAUGCAGCCCCCACCUCAGAAAGUUUGUGCCGGCAGUGUUUACAUCGAACAUGUUAUAAUGCUCCUGGAAAGUGAAUUUCAGAAGCAUGAAUCAAAUAGGAAUACAGGCAGUGCAAUGAAACUUCAUGAUGUAGGUGUUUCACUUUUUUAUCUCAUUAUUAUGCUUUACAAUGAUGAAUCAGCAUUUUAUCCACCAUCGAAACAGCUGCUUACAACAUGCAUUGAAACUCUGGGUCAGGUGUUUGUUUGUGGAGAUGAGAGUCAAUGCAUGAGAUUACUGGGAACAAUAAUUCAGCAGCCACAUCUAGGUGGCAUUUUGGGCCCGCACUUUACCCCUUCUGUUGCUAGCACACCAACAUUCCUGCAGAUGUACAAGACUGUAGUGGAAACAGUAUAUCAGCAGCCUGCAGAACUCAGCUUUGUCCUUUUAUCGAAGUUUGAUGUUGCACAGUGGCUUUUGACUCGGAAACCUAGACUCAGUGAGCGAUCACAGUUUAUUGAACUUGUGGGGAAGGCACUUACCACAGCUGGCCUGAACCCAGAUGAUGAGAAGCUCAUAUUGCAUGAGGUGUUCUGCAGACAUAUCCGCCAAUUGCUGCUUCAUGACUUUCCUGAACAUUAUGGCGAGGUGCUUAACUUGGUACUGCGAGGUAGUGAAACCCAGAAUUUGUCUGUAGAUGUGUGGUUUGACAUCCUUAAUGCCCUCAUGUCAGGGGAGUGUGGGAAUGUGGCUCCACCAAGAAGGCUGAGAUCGGGACAGAACCUAGGCAAGGUGAAAGAGGAGGCUCGGAAUUAUGCCACUGAACAGAAGAUGCUCACAUAUCAGGAGUUACGUGAAACAGCAUCCCUCAUGGGUGGCCACUUCAUGAAGGAACGGCUGCAGUAUGGAUUAUACGGACUGUACCCAAAAUACAGGGUGUAUGUAGAGCCACUUACAGCAUUUCUGGGUAUGGUUGGUCAUGGACUAGUGGUUAGCACUCUACAGCAUGACCAUGGAACUCUUUCCAACAAGUUGUGUGAGCAACUGUGGCCAGCUCUUAGUGAAAUGUUCUCCCCAUGGCUGGCUCCUUACUGGACUAGGAAUCUGAAGGAACCAACAGCAGCAUGGAUACAACAGUUAACAGAUGACCGUUCAGUCCUCCUCCCUUGGAUAGCCACAGAUGGCCCUCACGCUCAUCGUGUGGUGUCUAUGUUCACGGAGUGUGUUCGGUUCAUUCUCGACACGUUGCCAGCCUGCAGCAACAUCCUGUGUUUUGUUUGGCACUUUUAUGUGGCCAAUUUUGCUCACUCAUCUGUCAAAGACUACAUCCUUGGAGUGGUACAUGGCAGUCUGCUUGGUCUACCAUGGGACCGCUUCUGGCCAAGUAUGCAGGAUCUCGAAUAUAUGCUAAAGGUUGUUGACCAGUAUCUACCAGACUGUCAUGUGUUUUUGGGUGGAGUGUUCAUUGAAGUAAGCUGGCAUUCAUGGGUGGGGCAUGUCCUCACAUCGUAUCCUUCUCAAGUAGCUUCACGAACACAUGUCUGCCUACUGCACCUUUUGGUCAAGCUUGCAAAUGAGCCCAAUGUAAGACAGUCUCCCAAAAUUGUUCCACUUCUGCGGGAUUCACAGCAGUUUGCAUGGCACCUUGUAGAUGCAGUGGCAUAUGAGCAAGUCGUCAAUUGGUUUGUCAUGAGCUGUGAUCCCAGGGUCAUUCUAGGGUCUGAUGAUUCUUCUGAAGCAGAUAAUUCAGAGAAAAAAAAUGGAAUAAGCCAAAUUGACUGUGCUGUUGUAUGGCUUCUUCAGGUUGCAGGUGCACACGUGCCUCAUGUAACGCGUUUCCACCCAUCAACACCACGUAAGAGACAAAUGUUUGUACGUGCUUGUGUCAAGUUGCUGAUAUCAUGUGCAAGUCGCUACAAGGUUCUGCUCAGCAAGCGGGAACUUGCGUUUAGAGUAGCAAUUCAGAAGCUGCUGAAUGAUGCUGAAGCUGCUGUGCUUGCAAGUACCCCAUCAACACAGCAUGUGGGGGAGGUAGGUCUGCUGCUCACUGAAAUCUUGGUGGCUGUGAACCAACCCACUGGCAACCAAAUUGCACAGCUCACUGUAGACUGCUGUGUCCAUUGGCUAGCAGCAAGAGACUGCUCAAGUGUUGUACUGCAAGCUUUCCUACAGGUAGUUGGCACUACUGUUAUGUCAUCUGAAGCCCUUGGAGCCAUCCUUGAGGCAGCAUUGCAAGCAUUCUUCAAACAAACAAUUUCGACAGGAUCAACUCCGGAAUGGCAAACGGCAGUAGCACUCUUGCAGCUGUGUGUGCCACAACAGUCCCCACUAGAGGAGUGUUUGCUGACCAAUGGUCACCUUUUGAGCCUGUACGCUUUACUACUUAAACGACUACCCACCUGCAGGGAUAUACGUGAGGAGGCCAGUGUUCUCUGCAAUCUAGUGGACUGGAUUAUGAACAUAAAGCCAGUUGAGAAUCUGGAGCCAAAACUGCCAUUGCUGUGGGGUAAAGUUCUUGUUCUUUCGCUGCGGCAGUGUGAUUAUUCUGGUGAUUGUGAUACAGCAGUGAGGUGUUUACGAAAAUUGGUCCAGUCUCUCAUGCUGUUAGCAGAAGACAGAGGUGGAGGUUGGGGAAUCCUUGGAGCCAUUGGACUGUGCAAACCUUCUCCUCUUUCUGUCAGGUGUCGCUUAUUGAGUCGUGCCAUAGCUGUAUUUAUAAUGGCACAACUACCUGAAGGGGAGCCACCAAAAGUUAGAACAGUGCCUAAUGCUCCUGGAGAGAUACUUUUGACUUCAGUUUCAUCCAACAGGGGUAGUUCCACUUAUGGAACAAAUCCGCCUUUUCCGAGCACUGAGGCUGUGAAAGCACUGAGCAACUUGGAGUCACUUCUAAAUAAUAAACAUUACCAAAGUCUCCGGAGUACAGUGGACCUUGCUAUUAAGCUUGUGACGGAUCCAAGCAACUCUCUCCAUAAUGCCUCAUAUGUCCUGGGCGUCCUGGCUACAGACCUGUUCCAGGAGCAGUACCUUUCAGUUUUAAAGUCAGAUGGAAUCACAAUGUCAUUGAAACCAGGUACUGGCAAGAAUUGGAAAACUGAAGAGGAUAGAUGUGCAUUUUAGGAAAAAUGGGAACUAUCUUAUUUCAGGUGAAAGGUAAAAUUAUUUAAGAGGCAUAAAAGUAUUUGAGUCAUGAUACAAUUUAUUGAUAGGAACGGCAGGAGAAGAAAAGCUGCAGGUGUUGAAGUUCACAUGUAGUAAGAAACAACAUAUUUUUAUUCAUGUUUAUAAAGAAAAUGAAUCUAUGGAUGAAGUCAUUUACAUUCUAUAAAAAUUUAUAGUGCAGCAUUCAAACUGGCCUUUC